CUUAACCUGUUCCUCUCCAUUUCCUUAUCAGCCAAGGAGACUGUCCCUGAGAAUGACCUGCAUGGGAGACUCUUUAUUAACAGAGUUUUCAAAAUCAGCGCAGAUAAGAUGUUUGAAAUGAUUUUCACCAAUUCCCAUUUCAUGCAGAGAUUUCUCAACACCAGGAAUAUAGUAGAUGCUGUAUCGACUCCUUGGAAUAUGGACGGCAGUGGCAAUCAGUUGAGGACCCUCACCUACACUAUAAUGAUUAACAAUCCUCUCAUUGGGAAGUACACAACUGCAACAGAAAAGCAGAUCCUGAAUAAACUGAGCCAGAAAGGUCAGUCUUAUCGGGUAGAUGCAGAGGUGCUGACACAUGAUGUCCCAUACCAUGAUUACUUCUACACUGUGAACAGAUACUCCAUCACCCGCACAUCCAAUCAGAAAUGCAGAUUACGGCUUUCCACAGAUGUGAAAUACAAAAAGCAGCCAUGGGGCCUCAUCAAGUCUCUAAUUGAGAAGAACACCUGGAGUGGGAUAGAGGAGAAUUUCAAACAACUUGAAUCAGACCUGCUAAUGGAAGAAUAUGCAAUAAACCAGCCUAUAGAAGAUCCUGGGAAACUUAUUGCCCUAAGAAGAAGACGACGGAAUUUACAUCGGAAUGUGGCAGAGCUGCUUCCUAAGCGUUCUUCACAGCACUCUUCUGGGGACAUUGGGUUAGAGUCCCAGGGCAACAUAGUUGGAAGGAAAAGGGAUGUUGCAAGGAAAACCACAGCCAUCAUUGUGGUAAUGAGCAUCUUUUUGCUGCUCUUGGUUUUGCUGAAUGUGACUCUCUUCCUUAAACUAUCAAAGAUAGAGCGUGCAGCUCAGUCAUUUUACCGGGUCCACCUUCAGGAUGAGAAGUCUUUAAACUUAGCCCCUGACAUGGUGUCCAGAGAGGAUAUCCCUCAGCAUGACAGUGAACAGGUUCAGCAGGUGAAGGGAGUGCUGCAAGACUCUAUUGCAAUGCUUGAACAGCUGAAGAGCUCCCUUUCUAUGCUUCAGAGAAGCUUUGAUCACCUGAACAAGAGCAAGAGUGAUGAGACUGAGAGUUAACAUUACCAACACCCACAACUCAAGAUGUCAUGAGAAUGAAGAUGCUGCAUGUCUGUUUGGGGGUGGGAGUUUUGAUAUUCUGUUGUCUCAGGACUUUUUACUAUUUUUUGCUCAGUAGCUGCUGGUGCAGCUAAUAAAGACCUCUGGAUAAAACAGGACAGGUUCCGAGGUCCUGUAACUCUGAGAAUCUCUCCCCACCACUCCCAUACAUGUGGUUUUCUGAUGAACAAGCCAGAGGUGUAAAUGAGCGAGAACAUUGUACUGUACUCUGUAACUGUGAUGUGCAAAUUACAGAGAAGAGCAAUCUCAGCACAGCGAUGAUUGUAUCUAAUGAAAUCUGAACUUUUUUAUAUUAAUUUGAAGAAUCAUUGGCACUAAACUACAGCAGGGGCAGGAUGUGGGAUGUUCUGUGAAGAAAUAACAGCAGGUAGUGGUUUUACAUAGCAAGGGUAUUCAUAUGCUCUUUCGUAGAUACACAUACUCUGUAAAACAAGUCAGCAGUUUGAAAUACCCAUAUUUAUUUUUUUAAGACUGUAUUUUUUGUUUCACGGUGAAAGAACUCCAUGUUUAAUCUCUUAUUAAAUUGU